CUGCAGCCACAGAGACCCACCAAGUCUGCGGCCCAGAGACACCAGCCUGGGGUGGUUAAACUCUCGGAGCUCUUGAGUGGAGAAUAUGACAGGAAGAAAGCCGAGGAGAAGGAGCGACGGAGACAACGAGCACUCAAGAAACAAGAAGAGGCCAAACUACAGCAACAACGCAAGGCGGAAGAGGAGGCCAGGAGACUUGCCUCAAUGGAGGCAAUCUUACCAGUGCAUCCUGAUGUACAGAAAGCAAUCCUGAAAGAACAUGCAGACAAACAGCAACUGAAGAUUGUCAGAGAAGAAGAUUGGGAGAGGAUUAAAUAUUAUUUAACAGAGGGCAUCAGUGAUGACAUGAUUGAACCAUUUGAUGAAAAGUGGUUGGUCAAAGCAAAGAAAAAAGUUAAGAUUCCUCUUGACAAGAAGUACAUUCCUAUGCUGGACUCAGUGGACCAAGAAGUAAGACAGUGUUACUGUAUGAGUCAGAACAUAGCGCUCUUGGACUAUGUCAUGUUGGAUCCCAGUGAGAGAGUGAGACUGAACAUUCAGUCGUAUCCACAGCGCUACCCGGCACUGACCAUACGAGCGCCCGUCCCCUGGCAUCAGGCGUACAUAACGUCUAGUCAACGUGCUCACUACAGUCUGUUCAUUGGACAUGCCACCAUGCACGCACUCCGUAACCUGUGGGAUACCAAGUACAACACACUCUUGAUUCUACCAUGCAUUGAGCUGGAAAAAGCUGGGUUUCCUCUCAUACCAGAAAACUGGGACUCCCUCGUCACAAUGCUUUGUGAAGAAUCUCGGAAAAUCCUUUUAGAACAAUGGUUAGUGGAUUGUGCUGAGAUAGUGUUAGCAUCCCGUGCCAGCUGGGACCAUCUGGUGCCACGCCAGAAGAGAGUUCCCCUGCUACUCAUCGAGCGCCUUUUCAACUGCAUUAAUGCUUUGCUGUCCCGUCAACUCCGAUCUCUUGUGAUGAACUCCCUCAGACAUACACUUGAGCUCGUCACUUUCUACAAGAAUGGAAACAUUAUUGAAGGGGAAUAUCAAGACUUGAUGUUUGUCAAACGUCCCUUAUUCACUGUGAAAGUUGUUCCAAAAGAGGGUUCAACGAUUCUCAACUUUCAACCUCCAUUUUCAACUCUUCGCUCCAUGGUGGAAGAUGUAUUUCUACGGAUUAUCAAAGUCAACGAUAGAAUUCCCAGACUUGAAAGAUAUCUUUUCCCAGAAAUGGAAGUGAAAGAAGAACUUUUAAGUGUCAAGCCUGAAGAAGAAGAGGUUCAGGCUAUAAUUAAGGAGGCUCUUGAAGCGUUUGAUACCAACACGCCAGGACCGCAGGCUUUCCUCAACAUUUACAAUGAUUACCUCUACAUUUUGUCUGGGGAAGCUGCCGAGGCACUCGACAACUUCUUCAAGAUUGAUCCUUUCCCUUACCUGAAGGAUUUUACCAAACGUAUAGAGAUGUAUGAAGCGUUGCGGGAUGAGAUAGACUUGAUGAGGCGAGAUAUUCCGUUGAACCUGGUCAACCUAGACUGUUCCAUGGUCAAUGAUACGCUCAGCUCCCUGGUGACGGCCCUCAGGAAACAGAUUGUGGACUACUUCAUAGCGGUGAACAGAACUCACAAUCGCAGUAUUGCGUCAACGUUUGAGGAGAUGGCAGCUAAGGUCAGUCAAGUGCCUGAGACCACCGCUGAGCUUGUAGAGUUAACCAAUUACAUCAACGAGAGCCGAGACUCCACAAUGUUCAACCUCAAGACCAAGCUGAUCACCACUGCGGAGUAUGUCAUGUUCUUGCUCAGCCACGCCUUGUUGCAACAGGAGGACAUCCAGUUGAACAGUAGAGUGUUCCUGUGGCCCAAGGACAUGGAGCAAGUCCUGGACCUGAGUGCCACCAGGAUAGCUCACCGACGCGAGGUGGCUGAGGGCAUCCUAAGAACAAAAUGUGCUGAGUUUGAACAGCUAUUGAUGGAGCAUCAGAAGGAGCUAGAGGUGUUCCGCAAGAAAGAUCCUCCAGUAUUGACUAUGGAUGACAUGGUGGAGAGUGUUCACGCUGUAGAAGCCCUAUCAGCUCUACUGGCCAAGGACAAACACACUGCUGAUGCCAUCAAUGCAGAGGAACAGCUACUGGACUUUGAGCAGACUCCGUUCCUGAUCUUAAUGAACAUGCUGAACCAAGUGGAGCCGUUUGAUCUGCUCUGGCACACCGUGCUGGAGUUUCAUCAGUCGUAUGAUAAAUGGUACUACGGCCCAUUCAAGGACCUGGAUGCUGAGCUCAUCAAGGAGAGUGUAGAGACGAUGUGGCGAGUGUUGUACAAACUGGCGAAGACACUGUUUGAUGUGCCGGGCUCCAAGCGCAUUGCUGAGAUGGUACGAGCAAAGGUGGAGAAGUUCAAACAGUUUGUACCUGUCCUGCAGACUAUCUGCAACCCCGGCAUCCAGGAGCGUCAUUGGCAACAGAUGAGCGAGGCAGUUGGAAUCACAAUUUCGCCUACUCCAGAAUCAACUUUGUCAGAUAUGAUAGAACUGGGACUUACAAAACACAUUGCCAAACUGGAAGAGAUUGGAGUCACAGCGAGCCGAGAGUUUGCUCUGGAGCAGAGUUUGAGGAAGAUGAAGCUGGAAUGGGUUGAUAUCUGUUUCGAACUUGUACCUUACAGGUUUUUCUUCUUAUCAAACGACGAAUUGCUUGAGAUUCUGUCUGAGACAAAAGACCCGCUUCGUGUCCAGCCUCACCUUAAGAAGUGCUUUGAAGGCAUAGCAGAGUUGCAGUUCACUACUGAGGACGUUCAUAUCACCGGUAUGAUUUCAGCGGAGGGAGAAGUCGUACCUUUUUCUGGAAUCAUUAUCCCAGCAGAUGCAAAGGGGAUGGUAGAGAAGUGGUUGCUGCAAGUUGAAGAACUAAUGAUAACAUCCGUGAAAGAUGUGUGUAACUCUGCCAUUAAAGCCUAUAAGAACGUCGCUAGAUACAACUGGGUGCUGGAAUGGCCUGGGAUGAUAGUGAUAUGUGCGUCUAGUGUUCAUUGGACUGCCGAAGUUGCCACUGCCAUCCAGACUCAAACCCUAGGGCCAUACUUACAAAAAUGUAAUGAGCAGAUAGAAGAGAUGGUGGACUUAGUCCGUGGAAAACUUACAACAGGUGGACGCAUUACUAUUUGUGCUCUCAUAGUCAUCGACGUCCAUGCUCGAGAUGUGGUCAAGAGAUUGAAUGACUUGCAAGUGUCAUCAGUAGCAGACUUUAACUGGAUCAGUCAACUCAGAUAUACUGCAAAGGAUGGAUGCAUCUGGGUAUCUAUGAUCACAACAACUAUACAGUACGGCUACGAGUACCUGGGCAACACUCCUCGAUUAGUAAUCACUCCUCUCACAGACCGAUGUUAUCGGACAUUGAUGGGCGCUUUGAAAUUGAAUCUAGGAGGUGCUCCUGAAGGUCCUGCUGGAACUGGUAAAACAGAAACGUGCAAGGAUCUAGCUAAAGCUGUGGCUAAACAAUGUGUUGUUUUCAACUGCUCAGAUGGGCUUGAUUAUAAAGCGAUGGGCAAAUUCUUUAAGGGAUUAGCACAGUCAGGAGCAUGGGCAUGUUUUGAUGAGUUCAAUCGCAUAGAGCUGGAAGUAUUGUCAGUCAUUGCCCAACAGGUGCAUAGUAUUCAGAUGGCUAUUGUUCAGAAAAAAGAAAAAUUCUUUUUUGAAGGUACCGAAAUUUCACUUAACCCGACAUGUACAAUGUUUAUUACUAUGAAUCCUGGCUAUGCGGGUAGACAAGAGUUACCCGACAACCUGAAAGUUUUGUUCCGUACUGUUGCCAUGAUGGUACCAGACUACGCUAUGAUAGGAGAGAUAUCUCUUUACUCUAUGGGUUUUGUUGUUGCUCGAAGUCUGGCAGAGAAGAUUGUCGAUACUUAUAAGUUGUGUUCAGAGCAGUUGUCUUCACAGAGCCACUAUGACUAUGGUAUGAGAGCAGUAAAAUCAGUGUUGACUGCUGCAGGAAAUCUGAAGUUGAAGUACCCUGAUCAUGACGAGGCAGUAAUUGUUCUCAGAGCUAUCAUUGAUGUUAAUUUACCCAAGUUCCUCAUUCAGGAUCUCCCUCUGUUUGAAGGCAUAUACAAAGACUUGUUCCCUGGAGUUGAGCUACCAGCUCUAGACAGAGAUGAGCUGAUUGAAGCUUUGAAGGUUAAGUUAGCAGCUCGUAAUCUGCAAGCUUCUAGUUGGUAUCUAGGGAAAAUAAUACAAAUCUAUGAGAUGAUACUGGUACGACACGGACUAAUGAUUGUUGGAGAGCCAAUGGGAGGAAAGACUUGUGGGUAUCAGAGUUUAGCAGAGGCACUGACUGAUAUAAAUGCUAACAAGAAAUCAAAGAUGGGGGAGUUUAAGGUGAAUUAUCGAAUUAUAAAUCCCAAAGCCAUAACAAUGGGACAACUUUAUGGACAGUUUGAUCCUGCAUCUCAUGAGUGGUCUGAUGGAAUACUUGCAAACACAUUUAGAGAAUUUGCAACCAACACAAUGCCAGAUAGAAAAUGGAUCAUGUUUGAUGGUCCCGUAGAUGCAGUGUGGAUAGAAAACAUGAAUACAGUCCUUGAUGACAACAAGAAACUAUGUCUCAUGUCAGGAGAAAUCAUCCAGAUGUCAAAUAAAAUGAAUAUGAUUUUUGAGCCAGCAGAUUUGGAACAAGCAUCCCCAGCUACUGUCUCAAGAUGUGGUAUGAUUUACUUGGAGCCCAAGACCCUGGGUUGGCGGCCACUCAUGGACUCCUACUCUGCUAUCUUGCUGCAGAAGAUACUUCCAGAACAGUAUGAGCUACUAGAGGAGCUUGUGGAUUGGCUCGUCCCAUCAUGCCUCACCUUUAUACACCAAAACUGCAAACUGUUCAUUGAAACAUCCGACUUACACCUCUUCCAUAGCUUCACUCGUCUGAUGACGUGUAUGCUGGAGGGAGAGUCCCAGAGUGGAGUCAGCACUCAAUGGCUACAGUGUGUGUUUCUAUUCUCCCUGUUGUGGGGUAUAGGCUCCACACUCACUGGAGAGAGUAAGAAGCUUUUUGAUGUGUUCUACCGUUCCAUUCUACUUGGAGAACAGCCUAACUAUCCCAAACCAGUAAAGUUCAAGCUCAACAAGCACCAGCUGUUUCCUGAGAAAGGCACGGUCUGGGACUGGAUUUAUGACAAGAAGAACAACGGCUGCUGGAUCAGCUGGAUGGAGACAGUUGACAAAGUUCAACCCCUCUCUCCCACAGCCAAGGUGACUGAUUUAAUAAUUCAAACAGACGAGACUGCUCUUCAGAGGUUCUUCUUACGAACAUACUUGGCAAUGAACAUUCCUAUUUUGUUUGUGGGCCCGACCGGCACUGGAAAGUCAGCCAUUGUUCUCAACUAUUUAGUCAAUCUUCCGAAAGAGAAGUUCAUUGCCAAUGUGAUUAACUUCUCAGCAAGAACAUCAGCGAACCAGACUCAAGAAAUAAUAAUGUCAAAACUUGACAGACGUCGCAAGGGUGUGUUUGGCCCAGCGAUGGGCAAGCACUGUGUAUUGUUUGUGGACGACGUCAGUAUGCCGCUCAAGGAGGCGUAUGGAGCACAGCCUCCUAUAGAGUUGCUGCGGCAGUGGAUUGACCACGGUCAUUGGUACGACCUAAAGGACACUACGCGGUUGGACCUCGUCGAUAUUUUGUUUGUCGGAGCUAUGCAGCCCGCAGGAGGAGGCUCUAACUUGGUAACAUCCCGUUUCAUAAGACACAUGAACAUCAUCAGCAUUGAUGUGUUUGACGAGUCGACCCUCAGCAAAAUAUUCAACAGCAUCAUGGAAUGGCACUUCAACAAAGGCUUUGAUGAAAAAGUUUCUCGAUUAGGGAAGCCAAUAGUGAGCGCCACAAUGGAGGUUUACCAGAUGGCGAUGCUGUCAUUCUUGCCGAUCCCAGCCAAGUCACACUACACGUUCAACUUGCGAGACUUUGCCAGAGUGAUCCACGGUGUGUUGUUGGUGCCUGCUUUCCGCAUUGCCGAUCAGGAGAAGAUCAUGAGACUCUGGGUCCACGAGACAUUCAGAGUCUUCUACGACAGACUGGUGGAUCAGGAGGACAGAGAGAAGCUUUUCGAUGUUGUCAAGACUGCUUGCCAGCGACAUAUCCGCACACCCCUUGACAAGCUGUUGGCAGACCUGAUCCCAGAGGGUGAGGCCAAGUUACAGGUUGACCACUUGCGCUCUCUCUUCUUUGGUAACUACAUGGAACCAGACGCGGAUCCUAAGAUUUACGAUGAGGUGACAGACCUACAGCUGUUAACUGAGAGGAUGCAGUACUACCUAGAUGAGUACAACACACUGUCUCGGACACAGAUGUCUCUCGUCAUGUUCAAGUUUGCCAUCGAGCACAUCUCUCGUAUUAGUCGCAUCCUGCAGCAGGACAAUGGCCACGCUCUGCUAGUCGGCAUUGGCGGCAGUGGACGACAAAGUGCCACCAAGCUGGCCACUGCUAUGGCACAAUAUGUGCUCUUCCAGAUAGAGAUAGUUCGCAACUACGGCAUGCUAGAGUGGCGGGAGGACGUCAAGAAGCUGCUACGUCGAGCUGGCUGCGAUGGAAAACCACAGGUGUUCUUGUUCUGCGACACGCAGAUCCGCGACGAGGCGUUCAUAGAGGACAUCAACAUGAUCCUCAACACCGGAGAUGUGCCUAAUCUCUACGCUGGAGAUGAGAAGGCUGAGAUCCUAGAGAAGAUGACAGAAAUUGCUAGGGAGUCUAGCAAGAAGACAGACACAACUCCAUUGGCUCUGUACAACCUGUUUCUAGAGAGAGUCAAGGCAAAUCUUCACAUUGUGUUGGCUAUGAGUCCCAUUGGAGACAACUUCCGCAACCGGUUGAGAAUGUUUCCUUCCCUCAUCAAUUGCUGCACAAUUGACUGGUUCACAACAUGGCCUGAGGACGCCCUAGAGAGAGUGGCAGAAACCUUUCUAUCCAAGAUGGAGUUGGACAACAAUAUCAGCCUGAAAUGUGUUAGUCUUUGCAAGACUUUCCACACCUCUGUUGAGGAUGCUUCACUUAGAUUCUAUGGAGAGUUGAAACGCCAUAACUAUGUCACUCCCACUUCAUACCUGGAGCUCAUAUUGACGUUUCAAAACCUUUACCAAAGAAAGGUAGAACAAAUAACAAGUAUGCGUAACAGAUACGAGGUUGGGCUGGAACAGCUAGGCUUUGCUGCGGGUCAGGUGGCAUUGAUGCAGGAUGAACUCCACAAACUGCAGCCUCAACUGGUCAAGACCUCCGAGGCCACAGAGAAACUGAUGGUCAAAAUAGAACAAGACACGGUUAUUGUAGAGGCCAAGAAAGAGAUUGUAGGAGCGGACGAGGCCCUGGCCAAUGAGGCGGCUGCCGCAGCCCAAGCUAUCAAGGACGACUGUGAGAGUGACUUGGCAGAGGCCAUCCCUGCUCUGGAGGCUGCUGUCAACGCUCUCAACACUCUAAAACCAGCUGACAUCACUGUGGUCAAGUCCAUGAAGAACCCUCCACCAGUCGUCAAACUGGUGAUGGAGGCAGUGUGUGUGAUGAAGGGAAUCAAGCCAGAACGUAAGCCAGAUCCCAGCGGCUCUGGUAAGAUCCUAGAGGACUACUGGGGGCCGUCCCUCAAACUACUGGGGGACCUAAAGUUCCUAGAUAGCCUCAAGGCGUACAACAAGGACGAGAUAAACCCUGCCGUCAUGAAGAAGAUCAGGGAAAGAUACAUGCCAGACCGAGACUUCCAGCCGCACAUUGUCAAGAACGUGUCCAAUGCUUGCGAGGGUCUUUGUAAGUGGGUCCGAGCGAUGGAGGUGUACGACCGAGUUAUCAAGAUUGUCGGACCCAAGAAGGCGAAAUUGGCUGAGGCCGAGGCGGAACUAAGUCAACAGAUGGACAAACUUAAUGAGAAGCGAGCUCAACUGCAAGAGGUUACAGAUAAACUUCAAGCGUUGAAUGAUGAAUUUGCAGCCAAGACCAAAGAAAAGAAGGAACUCGAGGAUCAAAUUGAUCAGUGUCGCCAACGGUUGGACAGAGCGGAAAAGCUUAUUGGGGGUCUGGGUGGAGAGAAGGCUCGGUGGAGUGAGACAGCACGUCAACUACAGUUCUCUCUGGUCAAUGCUGUCGGUGAUGUGCUGCUGUCUGCUGGCAUCGUGGCGUACUUGGGAGCAUUUACUGUCAAUUACAGGAAUGACCUUAUCCUGCAGUGGGGCAAGUCCUGUCGUGACUUGCGCAUCCCCUGCUCUAGAGAUUACUCCAUGACAGGGUGUCUAGGAGAGCCUGUUCUCAUCAGGUCUUGGACCAUUGAUGGACUUCCUGCUGACACUUUCUCCAUCGAGAACGCCAUUAUUGUCACCAACGCUCGACGCUGGCCACUCAUGAUUGAUCCUCAAGGCCAGGCAAACAAGUGGGUGAAGAACAUGGAAAAGGACAAUAAGCUGUCAGUAAUCAAACUCAGUGACCCAAACUACAUGCGAGUGAUGGAGGUGGCCAUAGAGCAAGGACUGCCUGUACUGCUGGAAAACAUACUGGAGGAGGUCGACGCUACUCUAGACCCUAUCCUGCUGAAGAAUGUGUUCAAGAUGGGUGGAGUGGAAUAUUUGAAGCUAGGAGACAAUGAGUUGCAGUGGAGUCCUGACUUCAGGUUCUACAUCACCACAAGACUGAGGAAUCCUCACUACCUCCCAGAACUCGCUGUCAAGGUAACUUUGUUAAACUUCAUGAUAACAACCCAGGGUCUUCAGGAUCAGCUGCUAGCCAUUGUUGUGGCAAAAGAAAGACCACAGCUGGAGGAGAAGAAGAAUCAGCUGAUUGUGGAGGGUGCAAACAACAAACGUCAACUGAAAGAUAUUGAGGACAAGAUUCUUCAUGUUCUGUCAACGUCUGAUAACACAAUAUUGGAAGAUGAAAAUGCUAUAUCAAUUCUGUCCUCUUCUAAGGGCUUGUCUGAAGAAAUUCAAGCUAAGCAGGAGAUUUCUGCCAGCACAGAGAAGGAGAUUGAUCAUGCUCGUAACCUUUACGUUCCUGUGGCCAAACAUUCCUCUGUGUUAUUCCUGUGCAUAUCAGAACUGGCCAACAUAGACCCUAUGUAUCAGUACUCACUGGUGUGGUUCAUCAACUUGUAUUACCAGGCGAUUCAAAACAGUGAGAAGUCAGAUGAUCUGGACCAAAGGCUUCAGUUCCUCAACAACUACUUCACAUACAGCAUCUACCGCAAUGUGUGCCGAUCACUGUUUGAAAAAGAUAAACUCACGUUUUCAUUUGUACUGUGCACAGGAAUCCAGAGAUCCAAGGGAGAGCUGAGUGAGGAGUACUUGGUGUUCCUGCUGACUGGAGGGGUAGCCCUAGACAACCCCCAUCCUAAUCCUGCGCCAGCCUGGCUCUCUGACAAGUGCUGGAAUGAGAUUGUUGUAGCUUCCGAUUUACCUGGGUUGACAGCGCUGAAGUCAAGUCUACAGACCAACACGUCGGUGUGGAAGCAGUUCUAUGACUCAGCCAAUCCAGAGUUAGCUCAGAUGCCUCCACCGUUCGCACAGGCCGAGGACCUCAUGAGGAUGUGUAUCCUGCGCUGUGUAAGACCUGACAAACUGGUAACUGCGGCUCAGAUCUAUGUAAACAAGCACCUGGGCCCCAAGUACACUGAGCCUCCUCCAUUCAACCUUCAAGACUCUUACAACGACUCCCACUGCUGCUCCCCCCUCAUCUUCAUCCUCUCCCCGGGCGGAGACCCCAUGGCCAGUCUGCUCAAGUUUGCUGAUGACCACGGCAUCUCCCGGUCAACUGUCAUGACCAUCUCCCUCGGCCAGGGCCAGGGUCCCAUAGCAUCGGAGAUGAUCAAGACUGCCAUCAAGACCGGUCAGUGGGUCGUCCUACAGAACUGUCACUUGGCCGCCAGCUGGAUGAAGUCUUUGGACCGAAUCUGUGAUGAGGUCAUCGUUCCAGCUACGACUCACAAGUCCUUCCGUAUCUGGCUCACCAGCUAUCCAUCAGAUGUGUUCCCUAUAUCCAUCCUACAAAAUGGAGUGAAGAUGACCAACGAGCCCCCCAAGGGUCUAAGAGCUAACCUGCAUCGCUCUUACACGACAGAUCCCAUCAGUGACCCGGAGUUCUUCGCCGGGUGCCCCAGCGCUGGACACUGGCGCCGACUGCUGUUCUCUCUCUGUUUCUUCCAUGCUGUCGUACAAGAACGGCGCAAGUUUGGACCUCUCGGAUGGAACAUUCCGUAUGAGUUCAACGAGUCUGAUCUCAGAAUAAGUGUUAUGCAACUGCAGAUGUUCCUGAAUGACUAUGAAGAGGUGCCUUUUGAUGCACUUAAUUAUCUGACAGGAGAGUGUAACUAUGGAGGAAGAGUCACGGACGACAAAGACAGACGAUUACUCAACUCUCUCCUCUCCAUCUUCUACAACCAAAACGUCAUCAAUAUUUCAAAGUACCACUUUUCACCAAGUGGUAAGUACCACAUACCAGAAGAAGUGGACUAUGACAGUUGUCUUCAAUACAUCCGUUUGCUCCCUUUGUAUCCUUCUCCGGAAGUGUUUGGGCUGCACGACAACGCAGACAUUACCAAGGAUAACAAAGAAUCUCAAGAGUUGCUCAGCAGUGUCUUGCUCACGCAGCCACAGAUCACUGAGGGUGCAGGGGGUGGCGAGAUUGACACUAUGUUGGUAACACUGGCCAAAGACAUUCUUGCUCGUCUGCCAUCACCCUUCGAUUCGGAGGAGGUCGAGAAGAAGUACCCAGUCAUGUAUUCACAAUCUAUGAACACUGUACUGAGACAGGAGGCAAUCCGGUUCAACCGGUUGUUGAGUGUGAUAAAGAAGUCGCUGGAGAACGUGAUAAAGGCAGUAAAGGGUGCAAUAGUCAUGUCUAAGGACCUAGAGGAGGUGUACACCAGCAUGGUGGUGGGUCGGGUGCCAGCAGUGUGGGCCUCCAAGUCCUACCCCUCUCUCAAGCCUCUUGGCAGCUACAUCAGUGACUUUCUCACCAGAAUGCAGUUUCUCCAAAAGUGGAUUGACUAUGGGCCUCCAAAAGUGUUUUGGCUGUCAGGGUUCUUUUUUACACAGUCUUUUUUGACUGGAGUGCUGCAGAACUUUGCUCGCCGGGAGAAGAUCCCCAUCGACCAGAUGUGCUUCCAGUUCACAGUCACUCACUAUGAAACUGACGCUCCUAGAGAACCUGAAUUUGGGGUUUAUUGUAGGGGGCUGUUCAUCGAGGGUGCACGAUGGAAUCGUAAUACUAAACUAAUCGAUGAAUCUUACAACAAAAUUCUGUAUGACACGCUGCCUAUUAUAUGGUUCAAGCCGGGCGAAAAGGCCAAGUUAGUGGAGGAGCCCACUUACAACUGCCCCAUAUACAAGACGAGUGCAAGGCGAGGUAUACUGUCUACCACCGGACACUCUACCAACUUUGUCAUGUACAUCCGUCUACCGUCCAACAAGUCUGAGAACCACUGGAUCAACCGAGGAGUUGCGUCUCUGUGCCAGUUGGACGACUAACAACCAAAUUCUAAUUACAUCUAGUCUAGCAUAUACUUUUAUACUAUUUGUACAUUUAUAAAAAAAUGUUAUUAAUUUGACAACCUACUUAAAUCUGA